GGCUUCCUUUCGGCUCAGAUGAUGGCCCAGCGCGGAGAUGAGGUAGCGCAAGUUGCACUCCGAUGACAGCGCCACGUCCCGACUACGACGAGGAAGCGCGGAAGCUCUUCGCCCUACUGAACUUGGCACCUUCCGGUGCUGCCUCCGAUGCAUCUUCCAAGCUCCACAGUUAUCACAACUUGGAUGCGGUGUGGAAACAUCCCACCAGUGGAGGACAGGUCUUUAUUGGAAAUGCGACUGCCAGUAGCCAGCGAGGCAUCUUGCAGCGAAAUAACAUCACGCAUAUAGUGAAUUGCACUUCGGACCUUCCGAACGCCUUUGAGGGCGAUGGGAAAGUGGCAUACUACCGUUUCGACAUCUACAAGUUCUUCUCCGUCUUGGAUUUGCGCACCAAUCGGGGUGUCUUCGAGUUCUUUCACCCGGUCUUCCAAUGGAUUGACGAAGCCGUCAACUCUGGACAAUCGGUAUUAAUCCAUUGUCUUGCUGGAGCCCAUCGAGCAGGCACAACUGGGGUGGCCUAUGUGAUGCAUGCGGCGGACCUGGAGCAUCAGACUGCCAUCAGCGCCUGCAAACGUUGCAGACCAGUGGUGGAUCCUAUUGGCGACUUGACCACUCUCCUAGCACAACUGGACACUGCUCGCCAGCGCCGGAAAGGAGCAAGUGAAGGCACUUAAUUCGCAGCAUGGAUUGAACCCGGGAAAACUGCUACUUCGGCACUGGUGAACUCGCCAAUCGAAAAACCGCCCGGAACAAAAAAA